UUACACAUUGCCGGUAUGAUGCCAGCAUGUGGCCUCUCUGAGAAAAGUUUUCCACGCCUUCACAUCAUCAACCCCAGGACAUCCAGCUUUAUAAUGGGGGAAAUAGUACAGAUGCAUUUCACCACUGUGGACUAUGUCAUUUUUGCUGUGCUUCUUGUGGCUUCCGCGGGGAUUGGUCUCUUUUAUGCCCUGUCUGGGGGGCGUCAACGUACAACACAGGAGUUCCUUAUGGCUGACCGUUCCAUGAGCUGCCUGCCCGUCUCCUUAUCCCUGCUGGCCACAUUUCAGUCAGCUGUGGCCAUCCUUGGUGCUCCAUCAGAGGUGUACACGUUUGGAACCCAGUACUGGUUCCUGGGCUGCUCUUAUUUCUUAGGCCUGCUCAUCCCAGCUCAUGUAUUCAUACCAAUCUUCUACAGGCUUCGACUGUCAAGCGCCUAUGAGGUAAUAUAUAUGGGGGUUGUCCUGUAUGCUCCAGCACUUGCACUUAAUGCAGUGACUGGUUUUGACUUAUGGGGUGCAGUACUGGCAAUGGGACUGGUGUGUACUCUAUAUACAGCUCUGGGGGGCCUGAAGGCAGUGAUUUGGACAGAUGUGUUCCAGACAGUGGUGAUGUUUGCAGGUCAGCUGGCAGUCAUUAUAGUAGGGACAAGUCAGGCUGGAGGUAUAGGAGAGGUGUGGAGGAAAGCAAUCAAUGGCAGCCGUAUUGCUGGACUGGACCUGAAUCCAGACCCUCUACAGCGUCACACCUUCUGGACACUGAGUGUUGGAGGAAUAUUUCUUAUGCUGGCUUUGUAUGGUGUUAACCAAGCACAAGUCCAGAGAUACCUCAGUUCUCGCUCUGAAAGGGAAGCUGUGAUGUCAUGCUACGUAGUUUUCCCAUGCCAGCAGAUUGUCCUGUGUUUAGGUUGUAUGAUGGGCCUAGUUAUGUUUGCUCGUUAUGGAGAGGACAGUCCUCUGGACAAGGGCUAUGUCAAAACUAACGACCAGAUGGUGCUAUACUUUGUGAUGGAUGUGUUUAGGGACUUGCCUGGCCUCCCAGGGCUGUUUGUGGCCUGCCUCUUCAGUGGAGCACUCAGCACUAUCUCAUCAGCCUUCAACUCCUUAGCUACAGUUACUAUGGAGGACCUGAUCAAGCCUCAUUUCCCAAAUAUGGCUGAAGCCAGAGCCACUCUACUCUCCAAAGGACUUGCUUUGGCCUAUGGUCUGGUGUGUCUGGCCAUGGCCUACAUUGCGUCCAUAAUGGGAUCUGUGUUGCAGGCAGCCUUCAGUAUCUUUGGCAUGGUGGGUGGUCCCCUCCUGGGACUCUUCUGCCUGGGAAUUUUCUUCCCCUGGGCCAACUCUAUCGGUGCAGUAUUUGGCUUAGUUGCGGGGCUCACCAUGGCUUUCUGGAUCGGCAUAGGUAGCUUUGUGAUGCGUAUGUCUGGUUCCACACCACCGGGCCCAAUCAAUUCCACCGCUCUGCCACUGUUCGACAAUGUGACUGCCACCGUUCUGAAUUCAGUGAUUACCACCCGCACAAAUAAGUCAAGGGUAACAGGCGUGGAGGCCCUCUACUCGUUGUCCUACAUGUGGUACAGCGCUCACAACUCGGCCACUGUGGUGGUGGUAGGGCUGGUAGUCAGUCUGCUAACA